GCUCAGGUGACCAUCACUGUGUGGAGAGGAGUGCAGUUUUCCUCUUCGAGCGGAGCAGGACUGACAGCAGGGCUCUCUAUCUGGAGGUGGUGUAAGUAAAACAUCGCAAGGAUUUUGAUUUUGGACUUGAAAAUGAUGAAAAACUGAGGUGAUAUUUUACAAUUUCUUAUCUUGUAGCAGAGUUAAGCCGAGCAUUGAUCUGAUUAGAUGAUGAGGAGCGGAUUGGGUCUGUGUGCGCUGGGCCUGCUGUGCCUCCACAGUGCUGUGUUUGGGCAGGUAAGGAGCGAAGUCUCACAUAUUCUCCUCGCUGGUUUUCUGAUCCGGGUAAACAAAACAGAUAAAAUAACAAACCUUCUUCAGCAAUAUUUUCUCAAUUUAUCAAAAAUUACAUACACUCAUAAACUCUUGCAGAUUAUUUUAUUCUUAGUAUAUCACAACAGUAAAAUAACUUACAUUAACAUGUACUGUCUUGGCCUGCAGAAAAAUCAGUGCAUCUUAAUUUGUAUUAUCGUAAUGGAUGAAGAUUAGUUAAAGUAAAGUUUUUGUGGCUCUCAGGUAAAAGUAGCUGAGUAAAAAGGUGAAUAUUUUCCACUGAGAUCUAGUUUGAGAAAGCAUAAAGUUUCUCAUACUUACUUUUACAGACAGUUUAAAUUUUUCUCUAUCUCUCCAGACUGAGUGAGUGGACCUGUGACGCUUUACAUCACAGGUUGGCAGACUUCGGGAUUACAUAAUUAGAAAAACUUUGUGAUUAAAAUACCCAGAAAACCUCUUACUUAUAGGAUUAUUCUAAUCAUUUAACAGGAUAAUGUAAUAUAUCCUGACUAAUGCAUUAACGUGGUUCAGCUGCUCUGUUGUAUAUAGGGGAUUAAAACGUAAGCAGAGCAUGAAAACUCAAGGAUAUACAUUAUCUUCUAAUUCAACAAGUUUUAGCUUCGACAGUUAAACAUUCAUGAUUUUCAUCUGAAAUCUGCUUUGGAAGAUUUUUAAGGAGAAAAGUGAGAAUAAAAGUAUACCAGAUUAACUGUAACUUCAACCACUCCCUGUUAUAUGUCGUACAUUCAAUAAACCAAUAAGUGCGUCUUCAUUUAUAUGGUGCUGAUACAGUUUACUAGAGAGCAGUUUGGCAAUUGCUGCUGUAUCGUGAUAAUACGAUACAGCAGUAGUAAAAUCAACAUGAUAAUACUGUAAAAUAAAAUUGUUAAACUAAACUUUUGUGAACAUUUUAUUGAAUAAUAGUGUUAUCAGUCUUGCAAGGUUCAAUGUUGAUAUGAUGCCGAUUAGGUCAAAAAGCGAAUAAGCACCAGAUUCAAUCAGUCAUCCUAUCUCUGGUCCAGACUCUACUCUUUCAUGUUUUUUUGCUAAGACCUAAUAUCAAGACUCAUUCUUAUCUUAAUCCACCUUAAGGAGAGCUCUUUGCACCAGCUCUACAAACUCUCUCUGAAUGAGUAAAAACUUGCAGGAGCCGUGUUUCAUCUUUACCACUCACCACUGAGUUGCAGGGGGCUGGAGCUAAGCUUAGCUGUCAUUGGACGAGGGCAGGGUAGGCCUACACCUCGGACAGGUCGCCAAUCCGUCACAGAGCUAACAAUUGGAGACAAACAACCAUUCACUCACGCACUCACACCUACGGACAAGUUAGAGUCCUCAGUUAACCUGACAGGCGUGUGAUACAACCGUGGGAGGAAGCCAAAGAGAGCCUACGCAUAGAUGACAGGAAAGGAGCAAACUCCACCAGAAAGGUUCCUGCCAGGCUGGGGAUCCGAACAAGGAACCUUCUCACUGCAGGAAACAGUGCCAACCGCAGUCCACCACUGAACCCUUAGGAUUAUUGUCCCAUCUUAGAAAUACUUUGAGAGUUAUCGAACUGACAAAAGCUGACUACCACGAGGAGUCAGACUUCAUAAUAUAAUCGAUGAUCUUGUCUUCUUUAUGAUACCACUCUUUCAGGAUGCAGUGGAGUCCCUGAAUGGUGUCCUGAUCUUUUGUGAUGACCCGUCCGUGGAGAGGGCCGUCCACAGUGCUGUGCACAAGUUCAAUGAGCGGCUGAGCUCCGGACAUCUUCUGGCUCUCUAUCAGAUGCUUUCAGCCAGCAAGGUACAAUGAUUGAAGAAGAGUAGCAGUAAAUACCUUUAAAAGAUCUUCAAGUGAAAGAAGAUGCAGCCAAAUCCUAUUUUCUCCUAUACAUAUACCAUAUAUUUCCACAUAAAACAAAGUAUGGUGCUAAAGUGAAGAGUUGGUUUGUGCCUGUUCUAUAAUUAGUCCAUUAAACUAACUAAAUAAACAUUUCAGAGCUCAGACAGAGAGCUGGGAGGUGAGAGCGGAGAAGGAAGUGAACCUGUGGGAUGGUUACUAAGAAAUUCCUGGUAAACAUGAUUAGAUACUUUGACCUCUGGUGCACACAUUGAUUGAGUGUUUGUGUAUUUUAUGUGUAUUUCCUCAGUCAGAGACGGGCUCAGACUCGGUGUACUCGCUGGAAUUCACCACCAGGAGGAGUGACUGUCUCGCUGGAAGCAACAAACCCUGGACGGACUGCGACUACCUGCCUUAUGGACAAGAGGUCAUUAUGAUAAUGACCUGAUAAUGAUAUGAUAAUUUUAAUAACAGUCCUCCACUCAUCUGUGGAGACAAAAAACUCUCAUGUCAAGUAUCCAAAUAGUGGAAGAGCUUUCUUGAAAUUGUUAGGAAUCAGGUUGUCUGACAGUUUCUCCGUUUUUGUCCCUCCAGAAACCGUUUGCAUGCAACGCCACCGUCCACAUGACAGAGACGGACGCAGACACCACACAGGUGGAUUGCCAGUUGGGUGAGUGAAUGAUUGAGCAAAAUUAGAUUUUAAAACAUCCUUUACUGAAGAUAAUAUUUGGAAUUACAGGCAAAAUUGCGUGAUUGCAUCUUUACAGAGAAUGGUUAGGAUGGUUAGUAAGAGCUUAAAUAUCAACUUUUGUUUUCACAGAGGGUAAAAUGAGGCUCUGCUCUCAAACUGCAGCAGUGACUAUCUGAAGUGACUCCUGGUUGCAUGGCAACUGUUGCCAUAACAAACAGACAUAUAAUCCUCCAUAAACCCCAACAUUAGGACUUUAAACAGAAGAUCUUUAAAAUCAUAUCAGUGAGAUACAGCUGCAGUUUUAUUGCUGCCAUAACUACAUUAGAGUAAUCUUGUCAUGUGACUCUUUUACAUCAAAGCUACAAACAACCCUAUUUUUAAAAGAAUUGUGAUCUAUGCAUACUCUCGUUUAUUUCAUUAUUUUCCCACGCAGUUGCCACAGAGACAAUAAAACACUAAAGGGGUUGUAUAACUUAUAUAAACUGGAGAAAAAGUCUCUCAACUAAUCAGGUUAUUUUUUUAAAAAGGUCAGUGAAAUGAAUGGGCACAAAAAAAAAAUAGCACUCCAGAGAGGUCAAGUCUCUUCACCACUCUGUGAGAGAGAGUGGGUGAGGAAGUAGUUUAGCACUUUCAGGAUAAUGAUCCUCAGCAUAAAUUAUCAAGAAUUUAAAGAUAGCACUUACUGAAGUAGAUGAAACUGUCAAAAAAAUGAGAAAAUCUGGGGAAAUCUCUGUUAAAGUGAAGAAAGGCUGAUAACAGAUACAGGAUGGAUGUAAUCUUUAGGCCCUCAGGUGGCACUGAAUUAAUCACUGCAUGGGUUUACAACCAAAAGUCAGCAGCCAUGUUUACAUGGGCACAAAUAAUCGGAAUAAAUGCCCGAUCGGAAUAAAAAUGCGUCAUGUAAAUAUGUCGAUCGGAAGAUUCUGAUCCAAUUCGGGUUCAGAAAUUGUAUUCCGAUCGAGAGGAGCGGUUUAUCCCGAUCGUUACUCCGAAACGCAUCCAUGUCAACACUUAUUCUGAACAUGACUCUCUUACCUGACUCGAUUUUUUCUCUUUAGCUUUUGGUUUAUUCAAUGAGGCCAGUACACGAAGUUUCAAUAUGAACACUCUGGCAUAAAACACAACCGCCGGAGCCGUGUCUGCUCUUCCGGUAACAUAACAAGGCAUACAUACAACGUAAUGAUGUCACAUCUGCACGCACAGUGCAACCUCUGACAGAACAGUAAAAUAAGUGAGCAAGGGCGCCAUCUAGUGACAACAUUUAGGAUGAAGUGAGCAACUUCCAUGUUUGUUGGUUUGUUGGCAGCACAGGCGUCAAUACAACUCUUUUGCUGCGGUUGUUUUGGCGAAAUUAGACAACUCUGCGCAUGUCCAAAUGCUUAUAAUCUGAAUAAAACUUGGUUCAUGUCAUGAUCGGAUUAUUUGAUUUUGCAUUCAUAUAAACAGUGGAUUCAGAUUAUCCGAUCCCUCAAAUGUUUCAUCGGAUGAAGAAAUUCGGCCCAUGUAAACGUGGCCUGUGAACACAGUUUGUUCCUGCAUCCACAGGUGUAGGAUAAAACUGCACAUUUCUACACACACAUAAACAUGCUAGGGUUACAUUUUGCAAAGGACUACAGCAGCAUGGAUCUAUAGGAGAUGAGUCCAUGUGUUAAACUGGUCAAGAUGCAGCAUUGAGGAACAUUUGUUGCACCAUUGAGGAACAUUUGUUGCACCAUGACACAUAAGGACUCUAAACUGUUGAGAAGCUAAAUAAUCAGACAAAAACAGGACAACCAUUCACCGCUGUUACUCUAAAAUUUGGUCUCUUAGGUUUUUAAAUGUUUACAUAGUGUUGUUGAAAAGGAGCGCUGAUGCAACUCAAUGGCAAACAAAGCCUCUGUCCCAACUGUUUCUGGCACCAAAUUUUAAGACAAUCAAAUUUAAUAUGUAGCAUUUGCACAAAUUUUCAAUUAAAUGUGGGAGUAAAAUGAUUAACAGACCAUCAGAUUCUGUUUUUUUUCCAUCAUUCAACACAGCUUCCCCAUUCUUAUGAAACUAGGGUUGUUAAACAAAGGAUACAAAAGCCAGAACAGAUUAGGCUUUUGUUGUUUUCUGCGGUGUGAGAUAAUCUCAGAGAGAUUUUGUAUGAUGAUUACAAUUAAAAAAAAAAGGCAAAGCAAUGUCAUUGGAGACAUUAACAGCUGAAGCGAUGGCUCAUUAAUACUCAUUACGUCUCUUGUCAUGUGAUACAGCCAGCCGGGAAAUUUUGGAGUCUAAUUCAAUGAGAGAAAAUUUAACUGAAUAAUUUCCACAGUUAGUUUGUUUCUGGAACUUCCAGGAAACAUAAAAACAUAAAAGAACAGAAAUGGCGAGCUCUUUUUUGUACAUGAGAAAACUCUGGCCACACUGUUGAUUUGAGUCCAACAUGACUCAGAGGAGAGCAUAUUUCUCAUUAAGAAAACAAUGAGUCAUUGAGGAGAAUGUACACUGGUGGGCGUAGGGGACGCAGAGGGGGGCUGAUUUUGUAACAUAUCAACACUAUCUGCAGACAGAGAGAGCACAAUAUUAACUUAUCGAGCCAUAAAAGGCAGCGACAGUCUAGACUUUAAUCUGUUUGCAGAAGCAGCUCACUGUCUGCCUACAGUUAAAAAUACCUGGUUUUAACCGUUAGACUCCCAAAAAGGUGAAGCUCUGAUCAGAACACUACCAACAACCAAGAUUUAUCACCCAUAAAUCCAACAGUAAAGACAAUACAGACCAGUGCGUUGAAGUCUGUUUGUUAAGAUGAUGUAUUAUUAAUUUAGAUUUAUAAGUAAAUGCUGACAGAGCUUGAGUUUAUUUUAAUUAUGUAUUUUUUUACACUCAAAGAAGCAUGGAGUAGUUGUAAAUUAAAGGCACUGUGUGGAGAUUUCAUGCUGUGUGUACUCAGGUGACCCCUCUGGACUAGACUCAGUUCCCAUCAGCACCAGUAAAGAUACGGCUUUUAUAAAAGUGUGCAUAAGCAGUGGGAACAAUAGGACUGCUACCUUUCUUUGAUCGAGUCGCCUUUUCGCCAUCUUGUAACCAUCCCUUUCCCCUUCAGAUAACUUCAUCAUGCCAGAGAGAGCUUCCUGUUUGGGCUGCCCCGUGGACAUCGAUGAGAACUCUGAGGACCUUAAAGGUCCUCUUUCAGCCUCCAUCACCAAGUACAACUCUAUCUCCAACUCCACUCACCUGUUCUCCCUGCACACCGUCGGUCACGCCACCAGACAGGUAGAGGAAGUGUCACACGGCGAGAGGAAAGGUGGUAUAAAUGUUAGGUGGCGUCUUUUCUCUCAUGCUUUCUGUUUGUAUUGGUACAGGUGGUCGCAGGUUUCAGGUUCAAGCUCAGUUUUGAUAUGAAGAAGACAGUGUGCGCUAAGGCUGAACACAGUGACCUCAGUGAACUGUGUGCCCAUGAUGACAACAACCUGGUAAAUACUGAAACACAUGUUGCUCCUACCAUAGCAUGCACUCUCUCCCUGGCUGGUUUCCCAUCAUAUCUGUGUGUGUGUGUGUGUGUGUGUGUGUGUGUGUGUGUGUGUGUGUGUGUGUGUGUGUGUGUGUGUGUGUGUGUGUGUGUGUGUGUGUGUGUGUGUGUGUGCAGGAGUUUGCUAACUGUAACUCCACAGUGGACGUCGCACCAUGGAGACUCGAGCCCCCAACAGCCCACAUAGAGUGUGAAGGAGGACCAAUGCCUCCCUCGGUGAGUCCCACUUUUUACUCAUUUGUUAGCUUAAGUUACAUUUAACUCUCACUUGUGCUUUUGGGGUUAAUUGUCAAAGAAAACAGAGAUAACAAUCACACUUUACUGACACUGCAGCUUUAAGAACAGACGACAGACAGUGCUUGAAACCAACAUCCAACAUUUGGAAGCAUUUCCAAACUUCUUCUUAAAUUCAUCAAGAUAAAAUAGCCCAGCUCUCUGUUGGGGUUAAACUUGUUUGCUCCUGUUUUCUAAAAGUUGUAAAAUUUGUCAUCACCAGAUCACCAGGGUGUCUGUUUAGCUCAGUUGGUAGCGCAGCACCUCAUAUCGACACUCUUUGUAACAAUGGUCAUGGGAGCGAUUCCCUGUUCUGUCGUGAUUUGCCGCUCACCUCAUCUCUCUCCCCCGUCACCAACUUUGACACUGUCUUGAUAGGGGCUCUUGGUUUAGUAUUUUGGUGUGGCCAAUCAGAUUUCAAGGGGGGGCACUGUCCGGGUCUACCUCGAGACACCAACACCUUACAACCCUGACACACUUCCAUUAACAGAAUGAAGCUAAAUGUGACAGCGAGCACUUUGUAUCUUAUAGAUUUAGGAUUGGCCUAGAGCCAUGAAGUAAUUCAUGAUCUAAACAUCCAACAUGAGGCAAACAAGAUGUUUUUGUGGACAUCUGGAAUCUCCUAUUUCAGACCAUUGAUGUCUUAAUUAAAGCUCCUAUGAGGAACUUUUGUUUAUCGUCGAUUUAGGCGCCCCCUAUGGACAAAUAAGUCUUUUCCUUAAUGGUUGGGUAGCUGUUUUUGAUGAAAUAUCUCAUCCUGCUGACUUAUAACAGCCAAAUGUAUCAUAUUUACUGUGGAAAUGUCAAAAACGGGGCUGUUUCCUCUGCUGCCUGACUGACACCUAGCCUCCUCGCACUGAUUUUAGGUAUAUCUAGACUUUACCUGAUGACUUUGCUGGAUCAGCUGUUUAGCUAACAUCACCCUAACUUGCCUCUCAUAUGCAUCCUUCUGCAGAGCAUGAAUCAUUUUUCUUAAUUAAGCACAUAAAUCUAAGUUGAAUAUCUUUUUCAGAUAGGGUUUGUUUAUUUUGGAUGUUUUUGACAGUUUUAGAAAUAUGCAGUUUAAACGCUAUUCGUGAACAUCUCAUUUGAUUGCCUGAAGAACAUGUUCUGAUGCUUUAUCAUUGGAGCUCCUGAAAGGUAUUUCCUAUAACCGUUUUGUAUUCCUUUCUCCAGGUGUUGAGGCGUCGUCCUCCCGGCUGGUCUCCGCUCAGACAUCUUGAAUACCCAGGAUCUACGACUCAGCCUCCAGUAGUUUCAACCCCGCCGGCCCCAUCUAAGGCUGCGAACGCCAAAGAAGAAUCUUCCGAGGAGGACACCAAAGCCAUUAAACCAUCUGCCUCCGCUGAUGCUGUCAACAACAACCCCUUCCACUGCCCGUCCAAACCCUGGAAACAGUUUAACCCCAUCUAUCCUGCCGGUCCUAUGAAGGAUGCCACAGAGGCCACACCUGUGGAAGGGGGCUUUAAAGACACAGACCUGCUUGCAUAGAGUUUUCCUCAAAGAAAUCACAUCAAUAUUCAGAUUGAUCACAAUCACUAUACCCUUUUUUUAUUUUGUAGACUAUGUAUACCACCAAACUAGGUUGACAAACACAUUUAGGGCCUCUGAAAGCACUGGAAACAGACUGAAGUGAUGAAAGAGCCUUCACUGUUACUAUAUCCAGUUUCUUUGAAUGAUUCAGAGUAACGAGCAGUUAGCUACCCACACUGUUGGUUAUCAGAGAUGUGACAAAUGCAGACGAGUACAUCGAAAAUCUGCCAUACUCAUCAGGAGGAAUGUUCAAGAAAACAAAAAUAAAACCUUGUUCUGUUUCUUUGUUUUUUUCUCCUUGAAUCAAAAACUUUCAUAAAAAUAUUCAGCUUUGUUCGACAUUAAGGGCGCAUAAAAACAGACACCAUCUCAGUCGUAUUGAGAGUUGUUGGCAUCAGUUAGUUUGGUUAGUCUAGAUACCAGCAAAGAGGUGGAGUUGAGUAAGUGGUCUUAACACUGUUAAGAGUCCACUGAGUGCUGAAAGAGGAGCUUCCAAGUAUUAAUCAAUGUUUUCAUUAAUAGUCAUACAGUCAUAUUUAUGUAAAUAAACAUCUACUUAACCUUCAAAA